GAGAAAGUCGGCAUGCGUGCCGGUGUUCAGCGAUCAUCGCCAAUCGCUUUCAUUGUUGAUCAAGAUGACCAACGGUGAUCCGCCUCGAGAUUUUUCAUGGACUCACAGACUCUGCAGCUUGCCAGACUAUCCAAUAGCAGAACUUUUCGCUUAGGUUUCCAUGUAUGUGUGGGAAGAGCAUCGUUUCUCACGCCUCGAAGGGUCCUCUUGAAGAUAUCAGCAAGCCUUGAAGUUUUGUUCCUCGUAUAGGAGUGUUCUUGACCGCUUCAAGAGAUUACAACAUCUAAUGGACUUCCUCACUAGGUUAUAGGAUUUCUAUCGAGUCAAAGAAGCGAAACAACGAGACAUUUCAAGAUCAGUGGUGUCGAAUUCUAUCAUCGCUCUUCGUGCCGGACGUGGGUCAGUCUUGGCAUGAGCAUCAACACCCAUACACAAGCUCGACUCUACGAUGAUCGAAGCUCUUACGUAGUUCCUAAAGUUGGAGAAGCCGACAUCGUCGAGUUGCUCCGUUUGAGCCAUCUUGGGAGUACUCUCAUGGUGAUAUAGGGAAAGAAAGGGCUCUUGAACUGGGGACAGGGCCAACCUGAGCAUCUGACCAUUACCAUUCAACGAACCGACAUGUCAGACACAAUUAUUCUAUAUGACCUGCCCUCCAGACAAGGUAAGAGCUGGAGCUAUAAUGCAUUGAAAGCACGACUGGUCCUCAACUACAAGAAGAUUCCGUAUGAGACGGAGUGGACCGAGUAUCCUGACUUGAGGGUCAAGCUGGGGAGAACGUAAGACAUCCUCUAUCGACCGGUUGGGUUCACCAUACCUGGUGCUUGUCGACUCUUGGAGGGUUGUGAACAUUGAACAUUCUGACUCGAUAUGUUCUCACCAUCACUCCCUCGCCUUGCUGGAAAGUACUCACUAUCAUUUAUCAUUUUGACUGACUUGCUGUUCUGCGUUUCUUCCAGCGGGCUUGCCCCGAACGAAGCAGGACCUGCCUACACCUCUCCGGCCGUCCGACUCCCCGAUGGUUCAUACCUGCAGGGUUCGCGAGCAGUUGCUGAAAAGCUGGAGCACCUCUACCCGCAGCCGUCACUCAAUUUCGACCUACCGGACCAAGCACACAUCGAGGAACUGGUGGUCAAGUUCACCAACACCAUCCGACCUAUAUUUACUCCUCUCGUGCCGAAAGUCCUCCUCAACCCGCCCAGUCAGGCAUAUUUUAUCGAGGCGCGCGAGAAGCGAUUGGGCAUGAAGCUGGACGAGUUCGCCAAGGGAGCAAGGGAGUGUGUUGGGACAGUCGCUCCUGUAAUCAAGGAACUGGGUCAGGCGUACGAGAAGAACGGCGGCCCGUUUCUCCACAAUCAGACACCGUGUUAUGUCGAUUUGAUCUUUCUCGGUCUGUUGAGGAUGCUGGAUAACUUGGGCGAGAUAUCCCAGUUUUACGAGCUCGAGGGAGGGGAUAAAUUGAAGACGUUGUACAAGGCGGGCAAAUCAAAUGGCUGGUUCGAUAGAGAUUCUUACUGAAAUCAUGCAGACCUUAUUUUUCCAUGUCGCGGCAAUGACAUUAUGAUUACUUUUGCGCGCAAGCCCGCUGAGAACAAGUUUGGGAUUUUGAGCAUUGCCUGUGGC